UUAGUUUUCAAAUUUGUUGGUGACUCGUCUCCAGUGACCAGCUGAGUAGUGGUGUGACUACCUACCAUACCUGCCUGCCUGCCCGCCUAAAUAAUUUGUUUCCGUUUACUUUCCCCUCACCCCACCUUCUUCACCUUUCCACCUUUAGUCUCCUCCUCACUUUUUCUCUCUGCCUUCUCCGCAUCUCGACUUAACACCAUUAACACAUUCUUUACCCCUCCCGUUUCCAUUCCUUCCUCAACACUUCAUGCGUCUCAUUAUCGGAUAAGCAUUAACAGUCAUGGGCACAAGAGGCCUCAUGGUCUACCGCUGCCGCGGUAGAUACUUCACUUACCACAACCAGUAUGACAGCUACCCGGAGGGACUAGGCCAGGAAUUUGUUGACUCUAUCCCUAAAGACCCUGCUGAGUACCAAGCAUGGCUCGAAGCCCUUCGGCACAUUUUCUCUCGUCUGGUCGAUCAAUUUGAAACACAGUGUCUCCCAGUAGUCAUUCAGCCCCUUGAAGAAGAAGAUUCCGACCCCUCGCUUGCUGAACGCUACGAGAAAAGCUACUUUGCCGUCGACGAUGAGAUCAAUCACCCACCACUUCAGAUAAUGCCCCUGCAUUGGAGGUCCACGGAUCACGAAUGGUUCUACACAGUUGACCUGGACAAGGAGAUUUUCAGCAUCGACUUUGCUGUUCAUCUCCACCUUUCCAAGCUUCCACAUGAUCCCAAUUGGAUUACCUAUCUCGGUAAAGAUGUCCACAGGCGUCGUGCGGCUGAUAAGUGCACACCCUUACAUAUGCUGGCCAAUCCUGCCUUCAAGCCCGAAGUCAAUAGCGCGUCCAUUGCUGCGUACAGGCUACUUGACGUCGAGACGGUCACGCCGGAAUCGUUUUAUCUUCCCCAAGAUAUCUCUUUUCAUCGUGAAACCUUCUUGACGUUCAUUUGCUCGUGCAUGCAGUCGGAUCACCGUGCUAUCCUAGAUGGGAGCUAUCUCGAAUGGGAACCUAAGGAUCUGCCAUUCAGAGAAAUUGCAUAUGCGUUUCUAUCUCUGGCUACAGGCAAUGUGUCCUUGGAAAGCAUCCAGCACUUCGACAGAAACCACGAGGCUGAAGGAUACUUCCUUGUUCGAGGUGAAGGGUCUUCAGACUCGGAAUCUUUGAUGCCUCGCUUUCUCUGCGAAUCACACUACCCCGGUGUGGAGGCCGGAUCUUCUCCCCAGCAAACAACAUAUUGGAUGGAUAGCGUCUUGGUCCACCUAGUCUCAGGGCUUGAUCGCGUUGAGGUUGAAGAAGCCGCUAUUGCCGAAGCUGUGGAGUUCGGCCUCAAACAGGGACGCACUUCAUUUUAUGCGAUUGUCUUCUCAAUCCUAGACGUAGUCCUGUUGCGUGUCCGGACAACAUCAGGCAAGACCAUCGUCCAGAGAAGCCCAGUCAUGUCCAUGUUCGAGUUUAACGACACCAACUCGUCUUUUUCAAAGGGGCCUCGGAGUAGACCAUCUCCGAGCACUGAAGGCAAUGACUCCACUGAUGACUCGCGGCUGGAGAAGAAGAUAUCUAAGGUCGAAGCCCCCAGCGAUUCUGAAACCAUAAAGUCAGUGACAGCUCUUUGGUCGAAGCAGCUAGGCCUCUCUCCCACUUUUAUUACAAUGCUACGUUUCUUUGAUGCAGCCGUAUACCAUGACCUGGAAGGGGCCGUGUCCCGCGUCCUGCCAAAUGAGACUCUGUCGGCCGUAAUGGAGCACACCGAUAUCGGCACGUAUCGUAUUAUGAGCAAUCUGUCAGCCUAUUGCCGCAACACCAGCCUGAGUGAGUUUCGACUAAACGAUAAGUAUGCUCUCAUUGGCUUUGACUUCGACAACGUCCAUUACACCUUGAAGAACACACGCACGGGAAAGCAGAGCAUUGCGCGAAUGCGCAGAACGUCCGGAGACGGCGAUGAAUUGGUUUUGAGCCCAGUGAUCGGAAUAAGGAAUCCGGCAAGACGCAGCAUCAUCGACUCUAUACAACUGUGCUUUCUUGGGAUUAUUGAUGAGGAUGCCCCAUACACAAAGGCCAUUGAAAUGCCGGAGCCAAUUUGUUAUUGUCUCAAUUUCUAUGACUUCAAUCUACCCUCCAAAGACGAUGAUAAGCUGUUGCAUCUGCGGCCACACGAGUAUACCGAAUCCGUGUGGAAAGGGUGGGACCAAUACAUCCAGAAAUUGCUCUGGAGAUAUCUCGGUAAUGACCACAACGCCCUCGAGCUUGACAAGGGUAGAUUCCGAUGUCUCGUCCCUCCUCGAUAUCGCGAGAUCACCAUGAGAAACGCCAAGUGCAGCGGCCUCCACUGUUUCCUGCGCCACGCUCGGGACGAAACUGACGAAGAGUGGGAGCUCACCCUGAGGUACGCACUGCGUCGGCUGAGUGUUCGAGAGACGUCCAGAAAUGGGUACGCUUCCGAUCUCAUCGAUCACAAUUUUCUCCCACGUGGACGGCCCGUGGUGAUCGGAUUUUCCACCCGUGUCAAACUCUUCUAUUACGUCCACCAUCGUCGCGACGAGAGUCCUGCGGUUUAUCCCGACGCGGGUGACCUCGGCACUCAAGCGGCUGAGAGAUGCACAAAUCCAGACCCCGGUCAACGCCUGGUCCCACUGAUUCCUGAUAUUAUCGAUCUGAGAGACGAUGCAUCCAGGGCUCAGUUCGAGGGUUGGUUCCAGCGUUUCUGUGGCGCGAUGGGGGAGAAGACGGAAUACGAUCCCUUCAGUAAUCAGCAGCAGCCAUUGAUUUGUGUCCCCGAGCAGCAGCCCGACACAGCUAAGUCGCCCAUGACUAGUACCGAGCCUGUCGGGAGCGACGUGGUGUAUGACUUAUCUUGAGGAUGAUUGAGAGGGGGGAAGAGGAACCGCAUGUGCCGUUGGCAUGGAUGGAGGCAAUUGGGAGAUUGUAUGGUAAUUAUCUGUGCUGAAUAAAUAGUAAUCGAGC